AAUUCAAAGGUUAUCUGAAACCAAUAAACAGGGGUUCUUUUUUUUUUUUUUGGUAACAAGAGGGGUUCUUUACCAUCCACAACAGUUCAUGAGAAUUGGGACAAGGAAAAAGCCGAAAAAAUUCCACAAAAGUUUGUUAGCUUCUUCAAACGCAAAGAACUUUCCACUUUCAAAUUCAGAACCCCUUUUAUUCCUUCCGUACGCCAACGUUUCAUUCAUGACCUGAAUUUUUUUUCUUAAUUGUUUUUUUGACACCUUUUUUUAUCUGAUUCUCGGUAAUAGGAGGAUUACAGUUGUUACCCUUGAUGGGUUCUUGUUAUCGAUAGUAAAUAUUGAUGGGGUUGUGAAAAAGAUUUUUCCUUUUCACGUUUCUCUCUAGUUUCUUUGUGCUUGUGGAUCCUGAGUUCCAUAGCUUGAACGCUGUGGAACUCUGUAGUUUGUUGCCUCUAAUCACUGCAAGCAAGCUUCUUUUCUUGCUUUCUGUAAAAAUGAUGCCUUCUUCCAAUGAUGAACUUGACAUGGAAAAUGCCAAGUUGGACAAGAAUAGAGAGAAGACUCCAAGAAAUAUCAGGGUAGUUAAAGUCCACAAUCAAGCCUUAUUGGCUGGACUUGCAUAUUGUCUUUCCUCAUGUGGCAUGAUAUUGGUUAACAAGUUUGUACUUUCCAGCUAUGAUUUUAAUGCUGGGAUAUCCUUGAUGUUGUACCAGAAUUUCAUUGCAGUGGUUAUUGUUUCUGUGUUGAACCUUCUGGGUUUAGUUUCAACUGAACCACUAACAUGGAGAUUGAUUAAAGUCUGGUUGCCUGUGAAUGUUAUAUUUGUCGGAAUGCUCUUUACAAGCAUGUUUAGUUUGAAAUACAUUAAUGUAGCCAUGGUGACAGUCCUGAAAAAUGUUACUAAUGUCAUAACAGCCCUUGGUGAAAUGUACUUGUUCAAGAAGCACCACGACAGCAGAGUCUGGGCUGCUCUGUUUCUAAUGAUCAUUUCAGCAAUAAUUGGAGGGAUAACUGAUCUCUCUUUUAAUGCCACUGGCUAUGCUUGGCAGACACUAAACUGUUUCUUAACUGCAUCAUAUUCUCUGACCCUACGAAAGGUCAUGGAUACCGCAAAGCAAGUUACUAAAUCUGGAAAUUUAAAUGAGUUUUCGAUGGUCUUGUUGAAUAACACCCUUUCUUUGCCUUUGGGAAUUAUCCUGAUCAUUGUUUUCAAUGAGGUGGAUUAUCUCUUAAGCACGCCACUUUUGAGAUUGCCUAGCUUUUGGUUGGUGAUGACAUUCAGUGGAAUUUUGGGUCUAGCCAUCAGCUUCACAUCCAUGUGGUUUCUUCAUCAGACAGGGGCUACAACCUACAGCCUUGUAGGUUCGCUGAAUAAGAUACCACUUUCGAUUGCUGGCAUCCUUCUCUUUAAAGUUCCUACUAGUUUGGAGAACUCCAGUAGCAUUCUUUUUGGUCUUCUGGCAGGAGUGUUUUUUGCUAGAGCCAAAAUCCGGGAGAGAUCUCAAUCCUGAAAAGCAAGCAGUAAAUGCCAAUGUUUUAAAGCUAUCUAGAAGGAACCUUUCCAAUCUAUGGAAUUUGAUUUCUUCAUUCCAGGUCUGUGAGAUGUCAUCAGAUAAAACUAACUCUUCUACCCUUUAAAUAUGCAAUUUGGGUGAGCUACUACUUGGGGUUGGUUCAUGAUUACUUGCUUUCCUGAGGGAAAGUUUUUGGUCCACGUUUCAUUUGGAUAUUCUCGGGGAGGAGGUGCUUGCAUUGCAUUGGGAGAUAAAUUUGCCACUAACCUUUUUUCUGUUGGAUUCUGUAUCAUGUGACUUCAUUGUCCCUAUGUAUCACAUUACGAUUUGUAAUUCUUAUGGAAAUGGAAAAAAGUUGAUCUUGCAUUGGGGACAUGGGUUAAACUUUC